CGCGGCCGGCCCGCGUACAGGCCCAGCGGCGGCCGCUAUGGCGGGGCAGGCGGAGGCCCGGCACCGCCCCGCGCCUGCGCACGCCGCGAUCCGGGGUUCAGGCGCCGCGGCCGCUGCGUCGCUCGUGGAAGCCUCCGGCGUUGCCGCCUGCGGUCGGUGCCCUUCCUGCCGAGCCGGCCCGCGAGCAGCGCGCAGACAUGGGAAAAUCUCUUUCACAUCUGCCUAUGCACACAUGUAAGGAAGAUGGCUAUGAUGGAGGGACAGGAUCUGAUAGCAUGAGGAAUGGCUUAGUUCACUCAGAAUCCCACAAUGAAGAUGGUCGAUGUGGAGAUGUAUCACAGUUUCCCUAUGUAGAAUUUACGGGGAGAGACAGUGUAACUUGCCCUACUUGCCAAGGAACAGGCAGAAUUCCACGAGGACAGGAAAAUCAGCUUGUAGCAUUAAUUCCAUACAGUGAUCAGAGACUGAGGCCAAGAAGAACAAAACUCUAUGUGACUGCUUCUGUAAUUGUAUGUUUACUACUUUCUGGGCUGGCUGUGUUCUUCUUGUUUCCUCGCUCGAUUGAUGUUGAAUACAUUGGUGUGAAGUCAGUAUACGUCACUUAUGAACAGAGUAGACGUAUAAUAUACUUAAAUAUUACGAACACACUAAAUAUAACAAACAACAACUAUUAUUCGGUUGAAGUGGCAAAUAUCACAGCCCAAGUUCAGUUUUCAAAAACAGUUAUUGGCAAAGCACGGCUAAACAACAUCACCCACAUUGGCCCUCUGGAUAUGAAACAGAUCGACUAUAUGGUGCCCACAGUCAUACAAGAUGAAAUGAGCUACAUGUUCGACUUCUGUACUUUAUUAUCUAUCAAAGUGCAUAACAUAGUAGUGAUGAUGCAAGUCACAGUGACAACAUCUUACUUUGGCCACUCUGAACAAAUAUCCCAGGAGAGAUACCAGUAUGUGGACUGUGGAGGAAACACAACCUACCAGCUGGGCCAGUCAGAAUAUUUAAAUGUACUUCAGCCUCCACAAUAAAAGCAGCUUUUGGCUAAUGUGGAAUGACUGCUGUUGAUGCUGCCAGAGAUCAUUUAAACAGAACUGGUACUAUGUAAAGGGGGAAGUAUGUGCAUGUAAAAUAUAGCGAAUCUGGUGAUCUGCUCACUUUGAAUGCAAGGAGGGAAAAGGUACAAAAUGUAUAUAGAUGUACUUGCUAAAUAUUGUGUUUCCCCUUCUGUUUGCUUUUUGUUACAUGUAGACACUUCUGUCGAGUUGUGUGGUGGGAGGGAGAGGAGGGAUAUCAGAUUCUUGAAUUGAGUUGGGACCUUUCCUUAAAUGUACCUGUGUGGUACAUCAGUUUAAAGUGAAUGUGUAUGUGUAUGUCUGUUUAGGUGAAAUGUGUCACUAAUGAGCAUUUUAGAAAAACAGAUACUCACAGAUUUAAGUUUAUACUUCAGUUCUUUUUGGCUCUUGAAACUUGCAAUACUGCUACUUAAUUAACAAGACUCCUUUGAGGUAACUGGGUGUAAAAGUUUUAUUAUCAGUGGCGAUAGUUCUUUGUUUCAGGAUUUUAGUUUUUGUUUGCUAUACUUGAUUAGAGGUGAUGUGAUCUGUGUAAGCCAACAAAGCUCUCAUGGAUGACAGUAUACUUGAAAGUGCAGCUUCUAGAAUCUGACACCUUUUUGCUUCUAUCCCUCCUGCUACCUCUGGGUUAUUAUAAGGAGAAUGUAUGUUUAAGGACAUACAUUCCUAACAAACCUAACAUUAAGGAGAAUGUUAGGUUUAAAAGUUGUGUUUAAGAAAAAAAAAAAAAAAAAAAGCUACAAUCCCCGAAAUCACUACUGACAAAGGAAAAGUUCAAGACUGUAGAAAAUGAAUUGGUAAAGACACUGUCAUUCCAUUUUUUUUUUUUUGUAAACUUCCAAGCACAGCUAUUAAACUGAAGAUAGUGUAGUCAGGAACUAAGUGGGAAGCUGUUUGAGCAUGAGUUUUGGCAGCUUGAUGUAAAUUUACCGCAUUUUUAGUGUUUUGAUACACUGUUUAAACUGCUUGUCAGUAUUAAUAUGUUGGGAUAUGUGUAUUCAGUGUGCAGGCUCAGUAAGCAGUACCUGUCUGAAUCUCCUAAGCCCUCACAGUUCACAUCAAAGCUGCGUAAGUGCGAAUAAAGCAAUUCUUUUUGUAGGAAUAAAUGCUGAUGUAAUCAUGAGACUGACAACUGAACUACUGCAAAUAGUUUCAGUAGGGUAGUUUGCACAGUGGGAAUUUCUGGGGCUCUUAUCAAACGUGAUCAUAAAUUUGGGGUCUGAAAUUCUUUGAUUUCUGGAGGCUGACUGUUUUUCUAAGGGUUAGGUACAAAAUGUUUUAAUGAAGUAGGCCGGGACUGUUUUAUUUCUAAAUUAGGUAAGAUGCAGCUGUAAGAAGAUACUGUUGAGACUAACGGAUAAUAUUUUUUUAAAUGGAUGUUGCAGUUUUUAUGCUGCCCAUCUCCUUGAAAUAAGCUGUAUAAAAUGAAUUAGCAAUAAACACUAUGAAAAAAGCUGCUGAGUAACUUCUUGCAACUAUCAAUCUUUUAUGCCCCAGUACUUCACUGAAGGUAUAUAUCUAUAUUACUCUUCUUCAUCAAUUUUUUUUUAGAUGAACCUAAUUUAAAAAAAAAAAAGACCCUUAUCUAUCACAUAAGACUGAUUUACAAGAAACAAAACAACCAAACAAAAAGCCUAGACUCUUUCUAUCUAACUGCUGUGAGCUCUGAUCCUGAACUUCUAACAAAUAUCUGUCUUUGCAUAUUGGACUCUAAACCAUUAGUUUUGUUUAAGUUUCACUGAUAGGAUGAAGAUGUUAGCAUAUGGCUUUGGAGAACUACUAGUACUGGAAUAGUUGGUUUUAAUUACUCACUGCAGCUAUGUUUUAAAAAUUAUUCUUGGAUCUGGGCACUUAAGUGUUCUUUACUGUGGCUUAUGAUCAUAAGGAAAAAGAGUAGUUUACCACUGACUCUCUUCUGAUCUUCCUGGCAGGUAGAUUAGGUUCAGUUCUGUGGCUGACGAAACACAUACAGGCCUGAUCCAAUGGUCUGAUGGCUCUGAUGGAGCUGAGUAGAAGCAGAGAAAUAAAAUCUACCUGAUUAACUGACGUAAGUUUCAUUUACGUUGAAAGGUAGGGAGAGAAUUCCGGUUUAGACCAUGUGAGAUCUGAAGUCAACCAACAAGUGGUAUGAGGUUUUUCUCUAGACCUAAAUGUUUAAACCUCAAGUUUUUCUUUAAUAUAAGAAAAGAGUUGUAGGCAGAUAUGUUGUAUAAGUUUAAACUAAAAUUUUCUUCAAAGGAAUAAACAAUCUAAAGUAACUGGAAUGGCAAAAUGCUAUAGUUUUUGGGGGGACAGUAGUGAAUGCUGCUUGAACAGGUGUUGGGGGGAAGCUUUACAUUGCUUAUGCAGUAUUGUGAGACUUAAACUGACCUUUGGAAGUUUGGCAAACAUGUUGAGUGAAAGGCAUACUACUUAUGUUGCAUAAAAUGCUUAGUAUCAACUAGUUUGAAAACAAAACUUCUGAGUGAAUUAUUUUUUCCAUGUAUAUGGAAAGAAUGAUACAACUGCUACUUUUUUUAAUGUCUGGUAUUAUCUGGGAUAAUCUAACAGAUGUGAAUUUUAAUGUCAUCAAUUUGUGGUAGACUUACUGAAUGGCUAAGAUUUUUCACCUGAAAAAUAGAAGCAGGAGUAAAGAUCCUAUUGAUGAAUCCUUAAAUCAGUUACAGGAGAAUCAAAGCUGUACAGCUGUGUGUGUGAGCUUGUCCUUGCAAAACAGUCAGCUUGUGACUAACCAAACAAGGCAAGAGUUUGAUAAACUUUACUAAUUCUUACUUACCAUCUCUUCAUAUAAGCAAUUAAGGCAUCUGCUGCAACACUUAACUUGGAAUUGAUUUCUGUGGCUGAGCUUGGAAACAUUUUGCUAAGGGAGCACAGGAAGUGAAUAUAGCUUGUAAACAAGCUAUGAGAACUGAUAGAGUGAUAGACCCAUAGCUGCUAUUUCACAUUUAUUUUUAUCUUGAUUAAAAAAAAAAAAAAGGCAAGCCUUAUGGUUCACUGUAAAUCAAUAAGUACAAUUUUCCUCUAGAAGGUCAGAUUAAAGAACUAUCAUCUUUUUCUGGUUUGCUUUUUUGUGUAUAAGAUGCUUUCUUAAGGUUUCGUCUGAGGUGGCGAAUAUUUUACAUGCAACUUCCCCUUAAUUUUAAUGUACUGUCAAAUAGUGGUGUUGUGUUAUUGUGUUGUAAGGGAUUUAUUUCUGGUAUAGUUCUUUUCACUUGAAUUUUUGUAGCAAUUCUGUAGCUAACCUAUUGCACUUUAAAAUGGAAGCUCUGUUAGCUAUUUUAAAAUAGUGGUGUGCUAUACUAGCACAAAAAAACCCAAAACUUAAUGUAGUCUAUCUAGAUUGAUUGUAAAAUUCCAAAAUUAAGGUAACUCAUGUGAAGCACUGGAAGUAAAUGAAAAAAUAUCUGUUUGGCCCUUUUGACCUGGCAAAUAAAAUUCUUUUUCAUUAUGAUGCAUUAGAUCAAUGAAUAAACUCAGCAAACUUAAAAGCCCAAGGAUCUGACCUUCAAACAUCUGUUUGGAAAGAUUAAAAGGGAAGCUCUUGUCCGAAAGGUGCAAUUCCUGAGACUUUUGAAUUUCUGAUGUGGGGGAAAGCCUCUAGAAACUCAUUCAUAUAACUCAUUUCCUCAUCUUGGUAUUUAGGGGGCUGUUGCUUAACCCUUAAACUUGUGUGAAGACAAGCGUAAGUGUCUUUUCCUCUCUGGGACAGCUUUGGAAUUCUUAACGCAUUUCUGAUGCGUGCAUGACCUUUGUAUUAACAUUGUCGUGUUACAUCUUGCAACCUUAUGUUGGUAGGCUUAAGUACAUGCUUUAGUUAACUUUGGAACAAGCUGUCCUUGAAGUUCUCCAAGUGAGUAAAUCUCUUCAUAAUAAUACAUUUUAAACAUGACUCUGAGCUUUAUUUUAGCAUGUGGUGUGUGAAGCUAACUAAGCAUGGAAGCUUUGCAUCUUGCAUUCAACUGUUAAGGUUGGCAACCAUCUGACUGAGGCAUUGUGCCCUCAUGGUGAAACAGGGCGCUUAGAGUGGCAUGAGAGAUGUCUAGAUUCAAAUAAUUAAAAACUGAAAAACAUGGUAUGAUUUCUUAUUCGGCAUAUUAGGCUGUCUGUUGCUGUGGUGAUGGGGUGGGAUUUUUCUUGGAGGUGGUGAUGUGUUUUUGCAUCUAAUGAGACAUCUAACUGUUCCCAGACAGAAUCUUAUGAAAUGGGUAAAUUGUUUUGAGUCGGGCACCUAUGUAAAACUUAUUGUCAGUGGGACUAGACUUCUGGAGUUAGGAGAUAAAUCAGACUAGCAGUAAUUCUGCUGAGAAUUAAAUUUUUAGCUUGCCCCUCUAACAAAAUGCCACAACCUGGAAGAGCAAUGCUUCCAGGCUUACUGUUAGUUCUGAAAAGGAAGCAGAAGUUAAAUAAGCACAGCCCAAUGUAUUUCAAUAGUGGGCUUCUUAAGCCAGCAGAACACUUGUUAGUGUUGGCCCUGAUCACCCCAAAAAUCUAGAUUGUUUUUGUGACUUUGUCAAAACAUAAAUGAAUUAAAAAAAUAACCAGAACAUCUUGGAAACAAUAAUUUGGAUAUGGCAAAAACAUUUAGUAUUUGUCCACUUGAGAAGCCAGCUUCCUAUUUUAUCUUUAGUCAGUGAUUGUGGUAACGAAGGGGUAGCUUGUUCUGCUGCUUCUAUGAUUUUUGUUAUACAAACCUGCUUUCCCAUCCGCAGGUAGGGCAGGUAUAGUUCUUUUGUAGGGAAUCUGUCAAGUUAAAGUUAAUGAGUUGGGCUCGACGGUGUAGUGCCAGACCGUUAGGUGGCAGUAACAUACUGAUACUCGUACUGUCCUGGUCCAUCAACUGUCGUAAGGGUCUUACAACCUGGAUGCAUGUGUCUUUUGGACACAGAAACUGCUUUUGAUAUGUCUGGAUAGGGAUAUUUAGUGUCAGACAUGCAAGCAUAUUAUGGUACAUGAAUAUUUUGGAUCUGUCAGUGAUUUAGUUCUCUAAUCUUUUUGCUUUAAAGAAACAAACAACCACUGUUGACAUCCAUUGUACAGAGUAUGCAUUUAAUAGCUUAAGAUAUGUAUAGAAAUACUAAUGAGUGAUAACUAUUUUUGUAACUUAAGAAUUGUAAACUGUUGCUCUUGUAACUGUGUAGCAAACAAUCUGUAUCAAUUUAAGCAUGAUAAAUAAACACUGUAAGUCAA